AUGUUUGAUAAUGAGCAGGUAACUUGUCAAAUGAUAAUCUAUUUUUAUUUUAGAAUUAAAGUUCAAGUUAAGUGCCAUAGGUAUCCCUAAAACUUGAUUUUGUAUAGGCUUUCAAAGUGUCACUUGUUAGUUUAUAAAUAUUUAUGCUGAUUUGAGUAAAAUGUUGCCCAUUCAACUAAGUUUGACAAGAAUCGGGUGCUGUUGGUGCAAGCAACAGAGCUGGAAGCUUGAAGCUUUAAAUUCUGUGUUGGUCCGAGGAACGGUGCGUGGCUUCAGUAGUACUUCAGAGGCAAGAUGUCGCUCCAAGUGGGUGAUGCCAUACUUUAUGGAGCUCAAACGUCGCAACGAUGAGAUGUUGAGACGUGGCCACACUGUGGAGAAGGUUCGGUCUACCUUCAUAGAAUGGAACCUGGAUGCCGAGCUUUAUGCUUUUGGUGCUCGUCUGCAAGAAGAGUUUGACCGCAAAGUGUUGGUGACAGCUCUCAUGGACAGAUCAUAUUUAGCGAGGCAGCAGGAGCUGCUGCAAGUGCCGUCUGAAGGUCUUGAGAGCAACGAGGCCCUCGCAUCAGAGGGCAAGGCGCUCAUCAUGCGACACUCGGCAGACUUUGUGGCGCGGGUGUGGCCAAGCAUCCCCUUGGAGGCACAGCAGAGUUUGGUCGAUUACCUGAUAAGUGAAGAGAACCUGACUGAUUUUGGGCGCUCCCUGGGGCUGCGCGACUUGAUCUUCUUUGAGGUACUUACACCGCCCAGAACUUGGUCCUUGUGAGGUACUUACACAGCC